AUGUCAGACGAAGAUACAAAGAAGGAUUCAUCUUUACAAGAAUAUAGAGAUCGUUUGAUUGAACAUAGAAAUGCUGAGCUACGUCUCGCAAAGACACACGAACUCAUAAAGAAAUUAAAGAAGGAUUAUGCAAAGACUGAAGAUCAUCUCAAAGCUACUCAAUAUAUUGGUGAAAUAAUUGGUGAAGUUUUAAGAUCAUUAGAUGAAGAAAGAUAUAUUGUUAAAGCAUGUAAUGGACCAAGAUAUGUAGUAAGAUGUUCAAAUUAUCAAGACAAGGCACAUUUAUUAGUACCAGGAGCCAGAGUUACAUUGGAUUUGACAACAUUGACCAUUUUAAAGAUCCUCCCAAGAGAAGUCGACCCAAUCAUUUUUAAUAUGACCACAGAGAAUCCAGGUAGCAUCAGUUACACAGAGAUUGGUGGUUUGAACUCACAGAUUAGAGAGUUGCGUGAAGUCAUUGAAUUGCCACUUUUGGUACCCGAAUUGUUUGUUCGUGUCGGUAUCAAGCCACCCAAAGGUGUCUUGUUGUACGGCCCACCAGGCACUGGCAAGACCCUUUUGGCCAGAGCCAUUGCUAGCAACAUCGAAGCCAACUUCCUCAAGGUUGUGUCGUCUGCCAUUGUCGACAAAUAUAUUGGUGAGAGUGCUCGUGUCAUUCGUGAGAUGUUUGGCUAUGCUCGUGAUCAUCAGCCAUGUGUCAUCUUUAUGGACGAAAUCGAUGCCAUCGGAGGCAGACGUUUCUCUGAAGGUACCUCUGCCGAUCGUGAAAUCCAAAGAACCCUCAUGGAACUACUCAACCAAAUGGACGGUUUCGAUACCCUCCAAAAGGUAAAGAUCAUCAUGGCCACCAACAGACCAGAUGUCUUGGACCCUGCUCUCCUCCGUCCAGGUCGUCUCGAUAGAAAGAUUGAAAUCCCACUUCCAAAUGAAGCUGGUCGUGUUGAUGUUCUUAAAAUUCAUGCUUCCUCUAUUACUAAACAUGGUGAUGUUGAUUAUGAUGCAGUAGCUAAAUUGGCAGAUGGAUUCAAUGCUGCUGAUCUUCGUAAUGUUUGUACAGAGGCUGGUAUGUUUGCUAUUAGAGCCGAAAGAGAUUUUGUCAUUGAAGAAGACUUUUUAAAGGCUGUUAGAAAGGUUAGCGACACAAAGAAAUUGGAAACUAAAUUGGAUUAUCAAAAGAUUUAA